CUUCGUUGUGAUGUCCAUUUACGAAUUAAGCGAUGAUCACAUGACCUCCCUGCGCGUUCGGGGAUUUAACGCUGACCAGACUUAGCGGGUGUCUACUUUGUCUGUCUAACCAAAGUCUAACCGCUUGGUAUGCAAAUGUUUAAAGAACCCGCUGAUGGCAAGUAACUUUGAUCAGAAAUAUGUGGUAGACUUUUCUACAACACGGAAAAUAUCGUAACGGCUCCUAUUUCCUCUCCUGUAGGCCGUGAAUAUUUUCCUAGCAACAUUGUUGUGUACUUUUAAAAUGACUUCAUCUCUUUUAUAUGUAAUUUGGAACAAUGAAUGAACGAACUAAGCUUUAUGAGUGCUAAGUCGAGAAAUAUUAGUCCAAAAUAAAAACUUAUUUUUUCAUGACAUGUUUGUUCCUGAAUAUCUUACCAUGUGUAUAAUGCACUAAAUGUGUCUUCUGUUCAAAAUGCAUUAGUGUUUUAUAUCAUAUAUGCACGCACCAAAUACUUUCCGGAAAUUGUAACAACUCCCAGAAUGCCAUUGAAUUAGUGAUACAUUCUUGAUUAUAUUUCCAAAAAGACCCAGUCAGUUUUUCGAAUAUAUUUCAGUACAGUGUGUAUUCGAAAUUGUCAUACGGAGAAAGAAACUUCUUAAAAAAUUCAUGCCUACUCACCCUACAGUUACCUCAUAUAUGUGAGGUAGGUAAAAGUCAUUUACACGGAAGCCUCAAUAAAACCUGCAUUUUGCUCCUAAUGCAGGAUAAGAUGUAAUCAUAAUGUGUGGUAUGUAAAUAAAUCAUUUGCCGAUAUAUCUAGUUUCAAAGUUCAUACGCUUAUUUACACAAAAGAAAAGCCUCGCGUAUGAAGUGUGUAACAAAUCAUUUAAACUAAAGAGUUAUUUUAACAAACAUAUAUGUAUUGACAUAGGGAAAAAACCUGGUGCAUGAGUUAUAUAACAACUCAUUUAGACAGUAUGGUUCUUUAAACAAGCAUAUGCAUACAGGAAAAAAAUGCGUGUAUAAGGUAUGAGAAUUUAUUUAGAUGGAAAAGGACCUUAAACAUGAAUAUCCUUAUUCAAGCAGGAAAGAAACAUUAUGUGUGUGAGGUAUGUAAUAAGUCAUUUACUGCAAAAGGUAAUUUAAAGAACCAUAUGGUUCUUCACACAGGUGAGAAACCUCAUGUCUGUGAUGUAUGUAAUAUGUCAUUUGCUUACAAACUUUGUUUAAAGAUACAUAUGGUUAUUCACACAGGAGAAAAACCUCAUGUGUGUGAGGUAUGUAACAAGUCAUUUACUCAAAAAUGUCAUUUAAAGGAACAUAUACUUAUUCACACAGGGAAGAAACCUCAUGUGUGUCUGUUAUGUAAUAAGUCAUUUACUAAGAAAAGUCAUUUAGUAAGACAUAUACAUCCUGUGCAUAUUUACACAGGAGAGAAACCUCAUGUGUGUGAGAUAUGUAAUAAGUCAUUUAGGUCCAAGGAUAACUUAAAGAUACAUAUGCUUAUUCACACAGGAAACAAGCCUUAUAUCUGUGAUGUAUGUAACAUGUCAUUUACUCAAAAAGGCCAUUUAAGUAAGCAUUUACUUACUCACACAGGAAAGAAACCUUAUGUGUGUGAGGUAUGUAACAAGUCAUUUACUCGCAAAGGUUAUUUAAACGAACAUAUAAUUAUUCACACAGGAAAGAAACCUCAUGUGUGUAAGGUAUGUAACAAGUCAUUUACUCAAAAUUGUCAUUUAAAUGAACAUUUACUUAUUCACACAGGAAAGAAACCUCAUGUGUGUGAGGUAUGUAACAAGUCAUUUACUCAAAAAGGUAAUUUAAGGAAAUUUACUUAUUCACACAGGAGAGAACCUCAUGUGUGUGAGGUAUGUAACACGUCAUUUACUCAAAAAGGCCAUUUAAAUAAGCAUUUACUUACUCACACAAAAAAGAAACCUCAUGUGUGUGAGGUAUGUAAUAAGUCAUUUACUCUAAAAGUUAAUUUAAACCACCAUAUGCUUAUUCACGCAGGAAAGAAACCUCAUGUUUGUGAGAUAUGUAAUAAGUCAUUUGCUUACAAACUUAGUUUAAAGAGACAUAUUCACACAGGAGAGAAACUUCAUGUGUGUGAUGUAUGUAACAAGUCAUUUACUCAAAGAAGUCAUUUAAAAAAACAUAUACUUAUUCACACAGGAAAAGAAACCUCAUGUGUGUGAAGUCUUUCACAAACAUAGUUUAAAGAACCAUAUAGUUAUUCACGGAAGAGAGAAACAUCAUGUGUGUGAUGUAUGUAAUAACUCAUUUGCUUGCAAACUUAGUUUAAACAACCAUAUGUGUAUUCACACUGUAAAGAAACCUCAUAUGUGAUGUAUUUAAUAAGUCACUUGCUCAGAAACUUAAACUGUCAUAUGCGUAGUCACGCAGGACAAACCUUAUGUUUCUGAGGUUUGUAAGAAGUCAUUUACUCAAAAAUCUAAUUUAAAAAAGCAUAUACUUAUUCACACCAGAGAAAAUCUAAAUUAUAUGUGUAACAAAUCACUUGUAUGAUAGAAAAAUUGAAAGUCUCAUGUCUAUACUUGAUGAGAAGGCUAAUAUUUUUGUGGAAAAGUUAGAUUAAUAAGAACAUUUGCCUAUGUGUGCUAAGGACUUGUCCAUGCUAUAAAGAAAUGUCUGGUGUGGGGUGUGUUUAACUUGUCAUAUCACCUCAGUUCUUAAUAAAUCAUUUGUUUCCAGAAGAGGAAAACCUCAUGUUUGCGAUAUAAGUCACAAGUCAUUUUAAAGUGCUCCUGAUUUAAAGGAACAUUUUCUUAGCCUUAGUAUAUAAUUAGUAAUGAAAGUUUUAAGUCAACAUCUUUGAACAAUGAAAAGUUACACAGAUUAUACUGUUCUAAAUAACGAAAUUGUACUGAUGUCGCAUUCCUCUCAUUCAGGUAAUGUCAUGGAUUGUUUGAAAGCUGGAAAUGUUGAACAGUUUCAUUUGAAUGAAAAUCUCAUUUACAUUUUGCACUGUAAUCCACUUUUCAUUACAUUUUUCUAAAAAAGUACAAAAUAUGAAACAUAUUAUGGAACAGCUUGAGUAUAGACCCCAUUGGCGAUUUUUUGGCUUGGCGACAGUUGCCGAGCCAUGGAAAAGCCGUUAAAAUUGAAAACACAAGUUAGAAAGCACGUUUUAACCAGAAAAAAUUUUAGAAUAUAUGUUUAAACAGCAAAUUUGAAGGUGCAUAAGUAAGUAGGGGCACAUUUUAAGUAGUAAUAUUAACAGAUGUUAAAUAGACGUUAGAUGAAAAUAGAUGUUAGAAUGCACAUUUUAACAAGAAAAAUUUUAAAUACAAAUUUAGAAUAUAUAUUUAAACAGUGAAACUGAAAAUCAAUAAAUAAUGGCAUAUUUUUAGCAUUCAUACUGAAAAUACAAAUUACAAGCUGUAAAAUUGAAAAUAGGAGUUCAGAAUACAUGUUUUAAUUAAAAAUAUGAAAUUAAAAAUAGGAGUUAAGAAUGCAUGUUUAAAUUAAAAGUAAAGAAAAAUUGAAAAUACACAAGUACAUGGAGGCAUAUUUUAAGCAGCAGUAUUGAAAAUGCAAGUUUUAAGUUAUAAAACUGAAAACAGGAGUUCAGAAUACAUGUUUAAAUUAAAAAUAAAAGAAAUGCUGGAAAGUUAGUAAAGUUUACAAAAUCAUGGUAAAUUUACAAAGAAAUCCUAUACUCUGCCCAGUUUAUGUCCCUUACAAUUUCGAGAAAUUUGUUGAAUACAACAAUAUUUUGCUCCUUCAAAGAAAAUGUCACUUUCCAGUUUAAAACACGCAGGAAUGGGACAGGGUUGCCAAAGUGGAGUAUUCUAGAAUUUGCUGGGUUACCAGAAAAACAACUGUCCAAAAAAGUGCGCCAAGCCAAAAGUCGCCAAUGGGGUCCUAUACUCAAGUUGUACCCAUAUUAUUUUGUGGUAUCUUUGUGUGCUGUAGGAUUUAAGUAUUUUUUUCAUCCUCAUCAACUUUGGGAACUUACUUUUCAAUGUUGAGAAUGCUUAAAAUUUAGAUUUUUGCAAGCUUAUGUGUUCGGUAUCCUUUGUUUAAAAGAUUAAUUUUGAUCUUUGUUCUUGAUACCACUAGACACUUGUAGUGUAGUGUCUAUUGAAUGAAAUCAAAAUUUCUUGACGAAGUGAGGUUUUUUUUUUUUUCCUCAUACAUGUUAAUGCAGUCUCCUUAAUACAAGUUGAUAUUUUCAGUAUAUGCCAAAAAUCUGGCAACAAUGUGCAUAAUCAUUCUUCCAGCAAACGUGAUUAUUAUAAUCCUUCAAUCACUUCUGCCAUUUUCUAUGUGUUCUUUUUUGUUGUAUUCCAAAGUUCAACAGUUUUUAUAAACAAAUCGUGAUAUUUUUUACCUUAAAUUUAGUUUUAAAAUAUGGCCUUGCAGAAUUUAUGAGCAGUUUUACCACAAUUCUGGGAUAAAAUUUCUGCAAGAACACAGAAUAUUGAUAAAUGCAACAACGAGGAAUGCUUUUCCUUGAUAGCCGAGUGCUGGAUGAACCCAUUUCUCCCAUUUUUUUAAGCAAAAACAGGUUGUAUACUUGGGGACGAGAAAAGUGCCAAAGAUUUGAAAAAGAAUGCGAUUUAUUUUUUUAUUCAUCACGUAAUGCUUAUUUUAUAAUUGAAAUUUGUAUUUUCAACUCUAUUUUCUUUUGAUAUAUUGAUAAUUUUUGCCAAUUUAUAAUAGAUAUCAAUAGUUUGGGAAUUAUUCUGAAAUUGCACCCAAUAAGUAACUUUUUACUUUUCAUCUGUAAAAAAUCAAAAAAUUGUAUUAAGGUAAUUGCUUUCAUAUAUAUUACCUUUUUUCUUACUCCUGGGUCCAUGCAAAUGUUCAAAUACAUUUAUACCUAUAUAUGCCUGUUUAUUGUCUGUUAUUAAGUAUUCAGCUUUAACAUCUGGUUCUUGUGGAAUCUGCUAACUUUUAUGCUACCAGCUUCAAAUGCUUCUUCUUGUGAGAUUCUGAAGAACGGUUAAAGAUUUCUUCACCAUGUGCAUGCUGUAGCUUGCAAGUUCAUUUUUUUUUUAACUUGGCUCCUUUUUGUUAACACAAAAUUUAAAUAUAGUUCAUUGAUUAGGUGUAAAAAUAUGUUUCUCAGCUUCAAUAAGCUUUCAGUCAAUUUUUUGCAUAUAUCAGUGCUGUAGAAAAAUCCAUGUGCAUAAAUAUAUAAAAAGGCACUUAGAAAUAUCUGUUUCAUAAAUGUAAAAAACAGUUAUGUACUAAAUAAGUCUUUAAGGAACUGUUUUAAAAUUGCCAAAAGAAAGCAUAAUUUUAAGUUUUCAAGGACACACUCUGGCUUUCUGUGUGCAUGUACCAAAGUAGAGUCUCAUGUUUAUUUUAAAUUUCCUGCAUAGUUUUGGAAGUAUUUCUGGAUAUCAAUAUUAAGACAAAUGAGAACCUAAAUUUAUUUUGAAAUUCACUGAUGGAGCAUGGUGAAAUAUUUCUCUUAUAAUGCAACUUAAGAAUAGGAAAGAAUUUUCAAAAUUUUGUACAUUACUGUUUGCUAUUUUUAACUCAGACAUUCUGUGCAAAAAUUAUAUUCAACUGAUUUUUGCAAACUGGACUUCUCUAACAGAAAUAAGAAUUCUAAUCUGGGCAAAUUAUUCUCUUAACAGAAUAUAAUUUUGUCAGAUAAUUUUAAUUGUAUUUCACGGGAUUGAUUGAAGUAACAUUGCAUCUGUUGUACUCUUCUUAUUUUGUUUAAUAAAUUUUUAAAUUAUUGCUAUAAUUUUUUUUCGUCAUAGACUCUAAAUAGAGUGAGCCAAAAGCUGUAUAAAUGAAUGUAUUGAUUUUAAGGAAAUAUUUAAGUAGAAGAAUUCUAAAAUUUGUAUUGUGAAAGUUUGCAGUUGCAUGUUUUAAAUACCUUUUCCAAAUUUGAAAAGAUUAUUUUGAUUUAAAUAAAAUAUUAACUAAUAUGUGUAUAAAUGUAGGUUAUGGAAUGAGUGUUGCCAGUGUCACUUGUUCUUAAAAAUUAACGUUUCUUGAAAUGGUUUUAGAUUUACUUAUUAAUUUAUUUCUAAUACUUAAUACAUCAAGCAGAAGUGUAAAAGAACAGAUUUUUGUCAAAAAUUCUCUAAAGGCGCCACAGUGAGGAAAGGAGUUUGGUAGAUAGCCAGUGUUACACUAUGCUGAGUCUAUGAUGUCUUUCUAAGACAUCAUGAACUAACUAUCUAAGGCACCACAGACCAUCUAACGUAAAACAAUUUGCUACAUGCUUGGGGAGAAGAAUAGCAGAAAAAAAUUCCAGAAUUCAUUGGAGAUGAAUGUAAAUGUUUCAUUCUCUUAAUGUAUCACAUCAUCCUCAUUUAUUAAUUAAAAUUUUUAUUUUAUUUGCUGAUGUAUAUUCUUUUUUCAUGUGCUUUUCCUGAACUUAAAAAUAGUGUGUUUGUUUGGGAAUCUUUUUAAAAGAAUGUAUGAAAACCACUAUCUUACAGCCAAUAAGUGACUUUUACCUUUCCAUCUACUAAAAAAAAAAAAAAAAAAAAAAAACACUGUAGCGCAUUGAGAUGGCUUUGUUAAUAUGGAAGUACCAAAAUUUUUUAUUAGUCCAAAGGGAUUUGAAUCCCGAAGGACUAUUAGUUUCGUUUUGGCAUUUUGCGUCGGACUCAUAAAUGUCGGUUCACUUUUCAAACUGUUGCCACAAAAUGUUAGA